ACGUUGUAGUGGGGUUAGCGCGGCUGGAGGAGAGGUGUAGCCGUGAAGUGGGAAUUUGAGAGAGGGGUUGGGAAGUAGGAAGGCCUGUCUCGUAGUGACCGUGAUCGGCGUGAUCUGUCAGUAUUUCACUCGUCCUCGCCGUUUGCAGCGUAGCUGUUCGAUUUUCCUUUCCUCGCCGGUCUCUCCUCCUCCUUCUGCCCGUUCUUCACCGCGACGACGUCUCCUGAAGAAUUCCAACGAUGAAAAACAUGUUCAACCCGACGGACGGACGAGGCGGCCCCGUCAGCCCGUUUCUCUUCCGACCGUGGAUGUCUGCCCACGGUGCCGCCGCCGCCUCCAACGGGACGUCGAAAAAUACCGGAUUGAAAGGGAUAGUCGCCGGAGGGAUCACUGGAGGUCUUGAGAUCUGCAUAACAUAUCCGACUGAAUAUGUUAAGACACAAUUACAACUCGAUGAGAAGGGUGGGAUUGGAGGUGCGAAGAAGUACAAUGGUAUAAUGGACUGUGUUAAAAAGACGGUCAAAUCGCACGGAGUGUUAGGAUUGUACAGAGGCCUGAGUGUACUCCUUUACGGUUCAAUACCGAAAUCAGCAGUCAGAUUUGGUGCGUUUGAAACUUUUAAACAAGAAUUGGUAGACAAAAACGGUAACCUCACACCACAAGCGAGGAUUAUGUGUGGUCUCGGAGCAGGAGUUUGUGAAGCCAUUUUUGCUGUUACACCUAUGGAAACGAUUAAAGUCAAGUUCAUCAAUGACCAAAGAUCAGCCGAGCCCAAAUUCAAAGGAUUUUUCCAUGGUGUUCGACAUAUCAUUGCAGAACAAGGAAUUGGUGGAGUAUAUAAGGGUGUUGUAGCGACAAUUUUGAAACAAGGAAGUAAUCAGGCUAUUAGGUUUUAUGUAAUGGAAACUCUAAAAGACAAAUAUAGGGGAGGAGAUCCUAAAGUCCAAGUUCCAAAAUAUGUUGUUGGAGCAUUUGGUGCUGUUGCUGGUGCAGCAAGUGUGUUCGGUAACACCCCGAUCGAUGUUGUGAAGACAAGAAUGCAGGGUCUCGAAGCACAUAAAUACAAAAACACUUGGCAUUGUUUCCAGACAAUUUGGAUAAACGAAGGACCACUUGCGUUCUACAAAGGUACUGUACCCAGACUUUCUCGAGUCUGUUUGGACGUCGCCAUAACUUUCAUGAUUUAUGAUACGUUCAUGGAAUUCUUCAACAAAAUCUGGCCCUAGAGGUAUAAUCAAUGAAGGUUCAUAUAUUUUCAAAUAUAGCAUUUGAUUGGGUUUAAUAUAGGCUAUUACUUAAACAUGUCAUUCCAUUAAAAUUCCAUGGUUACACUUAGCAUUCCCAUUUAGUCUUAAAAAAAAAAAAAAUUAAAUUUGAUAAUGGGUUGUAGGAAUUAUUUAGUUUGUUCUUUCAAAGUUUAUAUACCCACUGUUGUCAUAUAAUUGUAACAUUUUAAAAAUAAAAAUUAUGGCGUAAAGAUUUUUGUAAUCUUUGUUUUAUUCAAACUAAUUCUUUCAAAGAAUUGUCAAGAAGAAAGCUAACUUAAUACUUUUAAUUUAUAAUAGUUACCAUUUCAUGAACGAGUUCAUUCAAAAUUUACUUAUUAGUUAUUAUUAAAAAAUGUUAAAAACCAACAAAACAAUGUAUGUUAUUAUAUUUUAUAUAUAAUUGGGUAACUGAUUGUAUAAUAGAUUAAACUAUUUCUAGAUCUGAUUCUAACAAUUACAAAUAUAAGAAUUGCCAACUUUGUGACAUUUUAAGACUGAAAAAAAAAAAAAAAAAAUCAAGAGCACAAAUCUUAUUUGUUCCAGAAAUAUUGUACUAUUUUCGAAUACAUUGUGAUUGAAUACUUUACAUUGUCCUUUCACUGAACUCUUCAAAGGCUAUGACAAAAGUGGGUAGCGAUCCUAUUUUGUAAAAUCAAUCUGUGAAUUGCGUGAAUAAAUAUAUUUCCCUGGUAUAUCACAAUUAUUUAUUCGGUGUAUUUUUUACAGUUUUAGAAUUUAGAAGGUUGUUGAGAAAAUCAAAACCAACCAAUGCCAACAGGGCUUACAUUUUUCUUUUAGUAAAAAAAAAUAAAAUAAAAUAAACCCUGGCAAAUCAACAGACAAAACUAACAACAAUUCAAAAUUUUUUACAAAAUUACAUUGUACAAUUUAUGUGCAACCAACGUUUAUCAAAGUCAAAAAAUCACAUCCAUAAUACAAAAUUUUUUCACUAUGGAACAUCGUUUUUAAUUUUCCCACCGAUUAUCUACAACUAAUUGUAUAUACAAUAAUGUUAUAAUUUUUUUUACAUUUUUUUCUCUUGAAUUAAUACAAUUCUAAUUAGCUUAUCAUCACUAAGGUCAAGAAGCUUCUCUUACGCUACCCACUUUUUAUAUUACAGUUUAAAUGUAAAUUAACGGACUUCGUAUGAUUGCAACAAUGCGUAUGGUGUAUUUUUUUAAUUCUUUAUUUAAGCCCAACUAUAAGACAUUUGUAACAAGAAACGUAUAAAUUAUUUUAAUACAAACCUGUUAUUUGGUUAGUUUGUAAAAUUUAAAGCGUAUCAGCUAUUGAUAAAAGAUCAGUAAAUUUAAAUCUAUUCAAACUUUUGGGUUAAGAUAAUAAUUUUCUUUCAAUUAUGUAAGAAAAGUAAACAUGAUGUAUUAUUCUAAAUGAAAAGCUGCUUAUUUACUAGUCAAAUUUGUAAUGAUCAGUGCCUUUAAGACAAAACCCUGAAUAUUGACCAACUUUUCCUGCGAAAUAUUUAUCAAUAUGUACUACAAAUUGACUUUGUGCAUAUUAGUGUUGAUUAAAUAACAUUUUCAUAUAUUGUAACGCAAACUAGUGCAGUUAACAUGACAAAACCUGUUUAUUUCUUAGCUUCUUUUUAUGUUAAAUAAAUGUAAAUGUAAUUUAGUAGAGUAAGUUAUAAAUGACAAUAUUUUUAAAGUUUUCAAUUGUUACAUUGUCACAUCAGGUUAAAUUUUUAUGAUAAAUUAUAGUUUAAUUUUAUCAAUUUCUCUUUGCUGAGAUUGAAGUUUUUUUAAUUCAAAGCCAGAGCAAACAACUUUAAAUUUUUUCAUUUGUCUUAUCAUUUAGGAUCAUCUCAUCAUUAUGGUCAUAAUUUGCUUCAAUAAUUUUUGUAUUGUCUUAUUUUUUUGAGGUAAAAAUUUGAAACAUGGGCGAGGAAGAAAAAUGGGAUAAAAAUGUAGUUUUUUAUUUUCAAAUUUCAAACGAUUCAGUUUGUAUAAGUUUUAAGUUGAUUUGGCAUACUAGAUGUCGUUUUAAUAUGAAGUACUUAUGCUACGUGUUAUUUUUGUUUGUGCAGCUAACCCUUUAUUCUGUUCUAGCUGAUUAUCAUAAUUGACACAACGUAAAAUAUAUAGAUAUAUAUUUUUGUGUUUUGAUUUUUCUUUGUUAUGUUUUUUAUGUUUAAAAAUGUUAAAAUUUGUUAAAUUUUUUCAUUGUUAUUGUAUUUGUUUAUCUUUGACAGAUUACCGGGCUCCCAUUUUAUCACUUAUUUUUUGUGACCUGUUAAUUAAGAUUUUAUAAAUUUUUG